AUGAAGGCCCUCAUUCUCACUCCAUCUUCGCGAACAACGGAAGUGCGCGACAUCCCGGCGCCAACACCUGGUCCAGGUGAGGUGCUCAUUCGCGUGCAUGCUGUCGCCCUCAACCCAGUGGAUGCGUUGUAUGUUCAGGAGCCCGUUGCAGAACAGCAACAGCGAGUUGUCGGAACUGAUUUUGCUGGAAUCGUUGUUGGUGCCAGUGAUGAGUUGCGUGGUGUUGCAGACGGGCGAGUGCAGAAUGGGACUCGAGUUGCGGGCUUCCUUCAAGGAGCCAGUUCAGCUAAUGACCGCCCCGGCGCCUUUGCGGAAUAUGCCACGGCCCCUUAUGACUUGCUCUGGACAAUCCCGGAGGGCCUGUCAUUUGAGGAAGCGGCAACUAUCAGCAUGUGUGGCCUAACAGCGGCGCAGGGGAUAUUCGACCGAUUCGGGCUCCCCGGUCCUUUCUCUGCUGGCCAAAUUGUUCCAUCUGACGACCCAAUCAAUGUCCUAGUCUACGGAUCUUCGACAUCUCUCGGGCAGUUGGCUGCUCAGCUUGUGCAUAGAGUUGGUGAAGCUUCAGGUCGCAGCAUACGACUUAUUGGAGUUGCAAGUUCCUCAAAGCAUGAAUUCCUCCGAGGGGCGCCAUACAAGUAUGACUAUCUGGUCGAUUAUCGCGAACAAGACUGGCCUGAACAAGUCAGACGCGCCACUGGCGAUAACGGUGUUCACUUUGCCCUUGACACGAUAUCAGAACGUGACACCGUCGCAAAGGUUCACAGUACACUAAACCCCCAGGGCAAAUAUCAUGUCUUCCGCAGCGCACGCGGUGGAGGCUUUGAUACUGCAAAUCUUGCUAUUCAACCAAUUUACGGUGCUGUUUGGGAGGGAUUAGGUGUCGGAAUAGGCUACGGACAUGGCGUUUUCUUCCCCGCAAAGCCCGAGGCUCGAGAGUUUGCUGCAAAGUUCUUUGAUUUCCUUAAUUCUGGCGCAAAGGAGAAUGACGUUAAGUUGCAUCCGAACCCGAUUCGAAGGAUGCCUGGUGGAUUGGAGCGAAUUGUUCCCGACGGCUUUGCGUUGUUAACCGGCCUAGUAAUUGACCGGAAGGGUUUUGGCAGAACUGAAGACUACAUGAGACCAAUCAGUGCUGAGAAACUGGUUUACACUAUUGAAUAG